UUAACGAAGUGGAAACUAUAUAAAGAUUAAGAAGGAUUGUAGUUCACUUAAAACUUCCCUUUUUAACGAUAUCAUCAUUUUAUACCACAUAGAAUGAAAACCACGAGAAUGCACAAACUGUCUGACAUUACUCUUAGUAUGUGGUUUGUGUCUGUUAUCAUGAUCAUGCAAGGAACUGAAGCUGAGGGUUGUUCUACUAAACAAAUAAAAUCAUGCGCCUCCGCCUACAGCAGUGCAUUAGCAGAGUCAGCGGCGGUGGGAGACAGGGAGACAAUAUGCAGUAUAGUAAAUAUCUAUCUGGAAUGUUUAAAUACAUAUUUUUCUGACUGCAAUUUGGAUGCAGGUCAGGCCAUCGACAGUGCCAAAAAGUCUUUAUCCCAGUACGGUUGUGAGUAUUUGACAUCCUCAUUGUCGGCUGAAGAAGCGGAAGCACAGAGUUGUUCUGCUCCAAAAAUGCAAUCUUGCGUCUCAUCCUUAGGGAGCUUAAUAACACAGGCAGCGUUAGACAAGGAGAAAAUAUGCAGUGCAGGGAAUAUCUAUCUGGAAUGUGUUACUAAAGUUGUAACUGACUGCAGUUUGGAUGUAGGUCAGACCUUAAUCAAAGCAAAACAGGUCCUAUCCCAGUUCGGCUGUGUUAGUGAUAGUGGUGCUGGAAGUCUUGUGAUCAACUUGGUUACCUUGGGGUUAGGACUUGCAUUUUAUAAACUCUUGUUGUACCUUAUUGUAUAACUAAAUACACAACGAAAAUCAUGGCGCCAAGAAUGAAUGGACUUAUAUCAAUGAUAAUUUUCAAACAUGCAAAAUAGAUUAAACAAAAUCUCACAUGA